AUGUCUUCUUUCUCGGCCCCUUCAUUCUAUCUAUCGCCAUCAAAGGCGGCCUUGCAGCUACAGUAUGCUGGCAAGAAUCUCAAAGAUAUCCCAACUCCCGCGGCAGUUUUGGAUCUGGCUCCAAUUAGGANNAGGAACUGCAAGGCAAUGCUGGAAGCUACCAAAGCUCUUGGACUUGGUUUCCGUGCACACGUUAAGACUCAUAAAACCACCGAGCUCGCCCAAUACCAAAUGGGCCACGAUUCCAAGGAUAUCAGAUUGAUUGCUUCUACUGUCUCAGAAAUUGAGAACCUUGUACCAUAUUUGCUUGCAUGCAUGUCUCAAGGCGCGAGUAUCAAUGCGAGUCUCUCUACGCCACAUUUGCCAACGGGGCUAAUCCUUUAUAGGNUCCUCUAUGGUCUACCUGUUGCUUUGUCUCACAUACCACGCCUUGCAGCAGUUGCACGUGUGCUAGGCGAAGGGGCUGUGGGACUCUUCGUUGACCAUCCUCGACAGGUAGAACAUCUUGCAAGCUUGGAAGGUUCUGAUUGGCCAGGAUGCGUUCCUCUUUAUAUCAAGAUUGCCGCUCCUAUCCCAAGAGCUGGUUUAUCCNCCCAAUCUGCCAGUAUCGACUCCUUGGUACGAGCUAUCGCACAGACGCCAAAGGUUCACCUGGUCGGCGCCUACGCUCAUAUGGGCGAAAGCUAUGGAUCCAACAGUCCACAGGAGGCCCUUGAAUUUCUCAUGAGUGAGGUCGGAGAUGCAAAGGCGGGAGCGGACCAAAUAAUACAGGCUCUGCCAAAGGAGCGAACAAGCAGGCUGACGAUCUCACUUGGCGCAACUCCAACGGCUACGGCUGUCCAAAAUGCUCUUGUCAAGACUGAGGGGAACCAAAAGUUCAGAAAGUUCAUUGAGGAGGUCAGAGAGAUGUACGAUGUCGAGAUUCAUGCUGGUGUUUAUCCAGUAUUGGAUAUGCAACAGCUUGCAACACGCGCCCGUCCGACCAGCGUUGAUGGCAAACCACUCCUCUCCACGGAAAACCUGAGUCUGCGCAUCUUGGUCGAAGUCGCAAGCACUUACGAUGAGAGAGACAAGCCGGAGGCUUUGAUCGCAGCUGGCUCAAUAGUGCUCGCUCGAGAGCCGUGUAAAAGUUAUCCAGGAUGGGGAGUGGUAACGCCUUGGACAGGCGGCUCAGUCCCUGCUGAGACUUUCCCAGUAUAUGAUCCUGAGGGAACCAAGACAGGUUGGAUCGUUGGACGUAUAUCUCAAGAGCAUGGAAACCUUACGUGGGAGGGCUCAACGGAUGGCAUGCGUAAACUCGAGAUUGGCGAAAAGGUGAUGAUAUGGCCCAACCAUGCUUGUAUGGCCGGGCCAAACUUCGGUUAUUAUGUCGUGGUUGAUGGCGAUAGCUCCGAGCCUGACAAGAUUGUAGAUGUCUGGACUCGCUGGCGUGGAUGGUAG